GGACUUUUUUUAUCAAACCAAUGUCAAUGAAAGUCGUGAACGAUGUGGCCGCCGGCUAGGUGGCUAUGGCGGAAAGAAGGCACCAGGUCUAGAGGAAAUGCCUAGCUUGAAACUAGGGGAAUGAGUCCAUUCUGCUUGAACAUGACUCAGCUGGCUUGACGGUGCGCUAUUUACGCGCUACCCUGGUCUACAAACCAUAGCAAUUUUCGAAAGUGCGUUUAUAUCGCUUUUGAUAUCCUGGUCGCUGCAAUGCAGCUCAGUGCGCUGGUGAGCGAAGCAACUUCUAAGCAAAAAGUGUGCAAGGUGUAUCUCCCCUGGACAUGUGUAACAAGUUAUAGUUGGAGAUAGGGAAAGAAACUGCCUCCAUCUCAACGUCCGGAUUGUAGGAAUGAUUGGCUGCUGCAGAUUAAGGGUCACUGCUCAGUUCCAAGACAGCGGUACCGAGCACUAGUGCAGACUGACAUUGUGAUCGUUCUCCGCACUGAUCAAACACUGCCUGUGUACGGGUCUCUGCAAGUCAGUUGGAGGUCUUCGCGUUACGCUUUUGCUGGGUGACAAAUUGAAAUGGAGCAAGCACUGUCCCGCUUACGGCGGGCAUUGUGCUGUCGGUGCUGCAGUCGACGGUGCAUGUUUGCUCUCAUCCUGUGCGUUGGAAUAUUGUUCAUCGUGGUCGCCCAAGAAAACUUGCUAGCUGUUGCGGGCAUCUUCAGUGGCGCCAUUGCGCAAAACGAGGUGAGGCGUGGUGCCUGUCCGGCUUGCUUCGGCGAGGAUUUCUGCCCGCUGUUGUCACGAUUCCGACGCAGACCAGAACUGGGCAGGGCAUUACUUGGCAAUGGAAAGGGUGUGCAUAAGGGCAUCCUUGCCAGUGCUGAAAGCUCUCUGGACUUCUCCACCCUGGUGCAGUCUAAAUCCUCAGAUUUGGUCAUUGGAAAAGCCUUGGCGUUUGAUGGAGAACUCGGUAAACUAAACCGUGAGGUAUGCAGUGAUGCCAAAGCACAUCGUGCUUACUUUGGAGAUUGCGGAGCAGUGUUCAACUCGAUGGAUGGAGUUGUCGGGCAAUUGGCAUGCCAGGUUGCCAAACUUGUCUUAUCAGCUGAUUGGCAUGCCCUGUACAACGUGAGCCGGGGUGCCCCCACCAUAGCAAAGUGUGUUGGCGGGAGGCUGCACAGGAAAAUACUGCGUGCGUACGAUGGCGACAAUGAUGGGAAGCUGCUAGCCAGCGAGGCCGCAAUAUUGCGUACAACUGUGAUGGUCAACAUCGAAGCUGUGGUGCUGAAGGCAUUUCCCGCAAGUGAUGGCUGGCCAUUCCCUCAUUACUACGGUGCCUGCGGUCGGAUGAUAUUUGUUGAGGAUAGUGGUACUGACAUGAGCGACUACAUUAGUGAACCGUGGGAAGUCCGGAUUCGAGUUGCCAAGGGCCUAGUUGACGCCAUCAUCAAGCUGACUGACAAUUCUGAACUCUGGAUAUUCUACCUUCUUGACCUCCAGUACGACAACUUUGCUGUUCGAUACGACCGACAACAUGACCGGUAUGCGGUGAAGCUCAUUGACCUUGAGCAUAUGAUAAUUGUCCAUAAGAAGGAGCCAGUUUUUACAGGUGAAGUUUCCCGGGUCGAUGUGGAGCCAUCAAUAAGUGACAGUAAUUUACCAUGCGCAAAGGAUUCUGAGGACUGCCAGGCGUUCUCCACACCACAACUAUGUGCGGGCGGCCUGCAGGACACGAACUAUUACUACGUCUGCAGGAACCUGCUGUUUGCAAGGAUCAACUGGGCCAGUGGCAAGAUUGUGUCGUGGGCGGAUGGCUUGCUUCACAGUCCACCGGCAGAGGCAGAUUGGACACCGACACUCACACAGCUGGUGAAUGAAUGCAUUCUCAACACCCGGGGACUGGGAAGGGCGCACGCAUACCAGAACUUAAGUAGUUUGCUUUCCCAACUCAUCAGGCAAUCAUGACUCAAUGUGUCCACAGUACAAGAGUGAAGCAGCAGCAACUGUGUCGACACCCGAAUGGAUCCAAUCGAGUACUGCGGUUGAGUAAAUGCAACAUAUCAUGCAGGGUAUCAUGGCACUAGUUGACAGCUGGCUGUGAAUAGGUCCAUGAUCUAAUCUUGUGGCAUAUUCCAACUGGGCAAUAUGCGGAAGUGUUAUCUAUUCCCGAAGGCUGUACGACUGAUGAACUUGCUUGUGAUCUGCGAGCUGGAUUCCUGUCAAGACCAAGUGGAUGAGAAUGCAGUUGACACGUGGCGCGCAGCACACGCUAUUGACACAGCUGUGUGUUUGUGCGUGCAUGCGUGUGUGUAAGCUCACGUGGUCAUCGCUAAAUAUACGUAGGUGACCGGGGAAGCCAGCACUGGUGCUCGGCUUUUAAGGCCAUCAGGGAGUACUAAAACACCAUUUUUUAGUACAAGUACUCACACAUGAGCUUACACACAUGGCUUAGAAACUCCGAGUAGUGACCAUCGGGUUUUUUUUAGUACUCCCUGGUGGCCAUGCCGGAGAUGUACGGCACACGACCUGUAUCGCUCAGUUGAUGCUUCAACACUACGUUAUCAGACUUUUGUCUGCUGAAACGCUGCCCUUGACCACUGUGAGCGGCCAAAUGAAAAUUCACUGUAAAGUAAAGUUCAGACUCAAGUUUAUCAAUAAUAAGUUUAUUCCUUUGCUAUCAAUCAUUGAUGAUUAUUAAACAGUAUAUUUUGAGAGAUGCAGAGGCAAGUACUAGCCUAUCAUGAUGCUACCUUAUGCGACUGGAUUGUAGCCCCACCCAGUGUCUUACAAAUGAAUCUAUUCAAUCUAUUCUAUUUAUCUAUUCAAGUAAUAUUAUUUGGAAACUAUCCUUCUUUUCAAAAGCGCAAUCAAUAGAACAAGCUGGAUCAACAAUAUCAAGUUCUCCCCACGUCGCUUUUGCAACUUU